GCCGCCCUUAGACUACUGCCAGAGUGGCUAGUGGUUGUCAGGGUCGUCGUUAUACACCUUGACUUUACACAAGCUGCUAAGACCGGCCUCUUCGGACUGUUGGGUGAUAAAUUCGUGCAAGUGGUAGACGCCACUCUGCCGUUAGCUUCACAGCUAUAUAAGUUAGCCGAGGCUUGUGAAUCGAGAGCAUCUGCAGUCACAGCUGCUCAGGACUUCGCACGGAUGUCUGCAAACGAUAUGAACGCUAUGGUAAAGCGCGUAGCGCUUAAGAUGUACUUUGAUCAUGAUUUGCCGAAGCGCAUGCGGGCAGCAAUUAUGUUCAGGUUGUGUACGAAGAUGUGCAAUCAC